GGGUAUGUGUCUGGUGGGACCGGUUGGACUGAAAAGCUCAGACCUCCGGAGCGCCACAGAGACGAACGUGGUGUUUGCGCAGCUGCAGACCUUGGCCACAGACGAGUUCAUUGGUAUCAGUGUACUCAAGCAGGGCACAGAUGGCGAGCUGAUGUUUUCAAUGCGACAUGACGAAGCUACGCAAUUG